AAAUAAACGCGAUGAACGCGCGAUAGGGAGGCGCUUGGUUCUCAACGUUGACCGCAGCUACCCACAAGGCCGAGAAGGGGACGAACGAAGAGGAGGCGGAGAGGGCGGUCACGCGCGGCGGAUUCACCAGCGAGUGACGAAAAGGGGGCGAGUGAAGAGCAGCUGCGAGGAAGAAGAACAAACAACAAACCCUAAUUUAGCAGAAGCGAGAGGGGGGGGAAAAAUUUCCAGUCCACUCGCCAGAGACCCUCGCGUGAAAUUCCAGUUUGCAGAUCGAGUGAGGGAGAGGAGAGUGGAGGUGCGUGAGAAAAUAUACAUACACCAGACGCUCCUGAGUUAGAUUGCAGGUCUCCAUAACUAGAUAGAAAGCCAAUAGUAGGUUGUCAACAUGGAUAUCGAUCUUAGAUUACCUUCAGGAGAUCAUGAUAAAGAAGAAGAAACAAAUGGUAUUGUUAACUUGCUUGAUCAUGAAGAGAAACUCGAUGGUGUUGAAGUGGGUGGAGAUAUGGACAUUGAAGAGAAAAUACAUGUUGAAGAUGGAGGGGAGAUGAACUCUCCCAUGGGCGAUAUGGGAGAGUUUAAAGAGGAUGUAAAUCUUGAGCCACUUGCUGGUAUGGAAUUUGAAUCACAUGGGGAGGCAUAUGCCUACUAUCAAGAAUAUGCCAGGUCGAUGGGAUUUAACACUGCAAUACAAAACAGCCGUCGCUCAAAGACAUCAAGAGAGUUCAUUGAUGCUAAAUUUGCAUGUUCUAGAUAUGGUACUAAGCGUGAAUAUGAGAAGCCUGCAAACCGCCCACGUAGUAGACAGGGAAGUAAGCAGGAUCAAGAAAAUGCCACUGGUCGACGAGCAUGUGCAAAGACUGACUGCAAAGCAAGCAUGCAUGUUAAGCGUAGACCUGACGGGAAAUGGAUUAUUCACAGAUUUGAGAAAGAGCAUAACCAUGAACUUAUGCCUGCCCAAGCUGUCAGUGAACAGACUAGGAGGAUGUAUGCUGCAAUGGCAAGACAAUUUGCUGAAUACAAAAAUGUUGUUGGUCUAAAACAUGACUCCAGAAGUCCAUCUGAUAAAGUUCGGAAUUUGGCUAUGGAAGCGGGUGAGGCAAAUAUUUUGCUUGAAUUCUUUAUUCAGAUGCAGAGUAUGAAUUCCAACUUCUUUUAUGCCAUAGAUGUAAGUGAGGAUCACCGUUUAAAGAAUUUGUUCUGGACUGAUGCAAAAAGUAGACAUGAUUAUGCGAAUUUCAGUGAUGUUGUGUCUUUUGACACUACCUAUCUUAGAAACAAGUAUAAAAUGCCGCUAGCACUUUUUAUUGGGGUGAACCAGCACUAUCAGUUCAUGUUGCUUGGAUGUGCUUUACUGUCUGAUGAAAGUUCAGCAACAUUUUCUUGGGUGAUGCGGACAUGGCUAAAGGCAAUGGGUGAUCAAGCUCCCAAAAUCAUAAUCACUGACCAAGAAAUGGUCAUGAAGUCAGUCGUUUCAGAAAUCUUGCCAUCAACCCUCCAUUUCUUUUGUCAGUGGCAAGUACUUGGAAAGGUCUCUGAAAAUCUUAAUCAUAUCAUUAAGCAGAAUGAGGAAUUCAUGGCAGAGUUUGAAAAUUGCAUUUACAGGUCAUGGACAGAUGAGGAAUUUGAAAAGAGUUGGCAAAACCUGGUUCAAAAGUUUGAACUCGGAGAAAAUGAAUUGAUGCUGUCGCUGUAUGAGGACCGGACGAAAUGGGUACCUACAUUCAUGAAGAAUGCAUUUUUAGCUGGCAUGUCUACAGCUCUGCGAUCAGAGAGUGUGAACUCUUUCUUUGACAAAUAUGUGCAUAGGAAGACUACCAUCCAGGAGUUUGUAAAACAGUAUGAAGCUAUCUUACAAGAUAGGUAUGAAGAAGAAGCAAAGGCAGAUUCUGAUACAUGGAACAAACAGCCUGCUUUGAAGUCUCCAUCACCAUUUGAGAAGCAUGUGGCAGGGGUGUACACACAUGCUGUCUUUAAGAAAUUUCAAGUUGAAGUUGUAGCUGCAGUUGCCUGUAUUCCCAAAGAUGAGAAGCGAGAUGAGACAGCUGUAACUUUUAUAAUUCAAGAUUUUGAAAAGAGUCAAGAAUUCACGGUAACCUGGAAUGGGCAUAAGUCAGAAGUAUCCUGUAUGUGCCACAUGUUUGAGUAUAAAGGCUUUCUUUGUAGACAUGCGAUGGUUGUUCUUCAAAUAGGUGGCAUUUCUACCAUUCCACCACAAUAUAUCUUGAAACGAUGGACAAAAGAUGCCAAAGUCAGAUUCCCUGUGAUAGAUGGAUCUGAAGGUGUGCAGUCUAGGGUUCAAAGAUACAAUUCUUUAUCUCAGCAAGCAAUGAGAUUGGCUGAAGAAGGAUCUUUGUCUCAAGAAAGUUACAGAUUUGCUGUUCGCUCACUUGAUGAAACUUUUGGGAAUUGUGUGGAUGCUAACAGCUCAAAUAAGAAUCUUGUUGAUGCUGGUACUACAUCUACUCCGGGUCUUCUAUGCAUAGAAGAAGAUAACCAAAAUAGAAGCAUGAGUAAGAUGAAUAAGAAGAAAAAUAACCCUACUAAAAAAAGAAAGGCAAACUCUGAACCAGAUGUUAUGGCUGUUGGAGCACCAGAAAGUCUGCAACAAAUGGAUAAAUUAAGCUCUAGACCAGUAACUCUGGACGGUUAUUUUGGCCCACAACAUGGUCUACAAGGCAUGGUACAGUUGAACUUGAUGGCACCAACUCGUGACAACUACUAUGCAAACCAGCAACCUAUGCAGGGGCUAGGACAGUUAAACUCUAUCGCACCCACACAUGAUGGCUAUUAUGGGACGCAACCUGCAAUGCAUGGGCUGGGCCAAAUGGACUUCUUCCGAACCCCAAGUUACCCAUAUGGCAUUCGAGAAGAACCGAAUGUAAGACCUACACAGUUGCAUGAUGAGGCUUCCAGACAUACCUGAGGACAAAAUUUCUUGCCGCCUAGGGACGCAUGGAAGUGUUGAGGUGAAAAUCUUUUAGAACGCGAUAUGGUUUGUGCGUCGUGCUCUGGAUUUGUAAAGGCAAGAAUCUCUAGAUCUUGUAAAAUAAGGGAGAAUAGACAGUUAGAAGUAAUGGUGUAAUGUUGUAUAAAGGCUGUUGUAGCAUUGUUUGUGAUGAAUUCAGUAUAUUUAGAGACCAUUUGAGAUAAGAACCAAGCAGAGUGUAAUCUUUCUUUAAGCUACUGCAAUUAGACAGUAACAAUAGCAUAAAUUGCAGAAAUUGUUGUACUUUUCGCUCACUAGUUUGUACCUGAGGUAUUAUUAUC